CCGGUUCUUCCUUUCAUCUCAGGGGAAGUAAUCUGAUUUGUUUACAUGUUCAUUAUAAGUUUCGAUUUUAUCUGCAAUUAUUUGAUAGAUGACGUCACAGAGCAUGCGUAACGUAGAGCUGGAUGACGAUGCAUGGGAUGAGGCUGCCUACCCGCCCCCGUACUCCUCCACCGUGGAGCAAGUGCCCCAGGACCGCACCAUCGGCUUCCAUAAACAGUACCUGUUCUCUGUGGAGGGCGCUCUCAAAUGUAUAGAAAUUGUGCUGAGCUUGAUAGGGUUCAUUGCUAUCAUCGCUGGGUCGUGUGUGGGGUCAGGAUUCAUUGCCUGGGUUACCAUAUCUGCCUUCAUCACCACCAUACUGAUCGUGAUCCUGGUGUCCUUCAAUGUCAACUCCAGAGUCCACGCAUACUGGCCGGUGUAUGAGUUUAUCUACCUGUUGGUGUACACUCUGAAGUACUUCAUUGCCUCAAUUAUUGCUGCUGUAGGAAUUCCAUUUGGACCUGCUGUGGUCACCGCUUGUGCCAUAUGUUUUAUUGCGCUCAUAGUCUUCGUCCUGGAUUGUGUGAUGGCCUACAGGAGGUUGAAAGCGUCACAGGAGGAACAGAAACAUGCGCGUGCCUCGGGGGAGGGAGGGGCUAACAGGAGGACAGGGAACAGUUUCUGUAUUAUCUUCUGAACAUGAAGAUGCUUGCCAAUGUUUGCAAGAUGGUUUGUCUUUUGCAUUGACCUCAGCUUUAUUUUUACUCCUGGUUGAAUGGAGAUAUGUUUUAUCAGUGUCAUGAUUUCUCCUCCUUUUCAAUGUCACGCUACUUCUCCAAAAAGUUAUUAACUGUUAUGGAUCUAUAUACAAAUGAAAUGUUUGUUUGAACCCUGAGAAGGGGUAUGGCCUUUUCCUCUCCCAAGGUUGUUUUUUAAUCGCAACCCUGUCUAUUGAAGGGUAUUUGUACAAAAAGUAUUUUUAGAUGGUUAUUUUUUUAGAAAAACAUAAUUUCUUUUAAUAAAUUAUUUUUUGCCAAAAGAUAGAGAAUACAUCUUUAUAUAUAUAUAUAUAUAUAAUAUAUAUAUAUAUAUAUAUACUUUUUUGCUAUUUAUACUGAAAAAUACUGCAAUAAAUUAUGGACUGAUAAUAAGAUCUCAUUUAUUUAUUUUUUGGAAUUAUUAUUUUUAUAUAACACUUUUUAUUUUCAUGAAACAAAGUCACAUACCAAUAAAAAUUAGACAAUAAUGUUAUGCAAUUGUAGAUGAAAAAGAUGCAUAUGCUCACAUUUAAAGUUAUCUAUAUAAUAGAAGUCAAUGGCAUCCACAGCAUUUAGGUAAGACAAGUGAAAAAGUCUCUACCUUAACUAUACAGAUGUUAGAAUGACUAUAACAUUUUACUAAGACUUUGAAGCUAAUGCAUAGUGUUGUUUGUUGUGUGAAUGUUUGCUUUUAGUAGAACUUUGAUAUUAAGUCAUCUACUGGUACAUGUGAAAAUUUCAGUAUGUAAUAGGCUGUUAAUGUUAUAGAUAUUACUUUUGUUAACAUAAAUGAUUUGCAAGCAAGAUAAUAUCCAUGUGAGGAAUUACAUAACAGAAUAGGAUACGGAAAAGGAUGUUUAAUGUUAAAAUACCUUCAAAGUUUACAUAGGUAGUGUAAGAACGAAAUGAAGGUUUUAAACUACAGGAAAUUGUUGCAUCAUUGAAUUAGGUAAGCACUUCACUUAUAACACAGUUUCUUUUAAUUUUGUGUUGGAAAAACACUUAAGAAAUAUAAUAAAAAAGAAUAAUACAUUUUCCAGUAUGUAUACACAAUACAAGUAUUAUUUGUAAUAGCAGAUGGAAAAGGCAGAGACAAACAAUGAACAAACAAUAAAACAAUUUAUGCUACUCCCCAACCCACAAUUUGCAAAUGCCACAGUAAGUUUUGGUUACUGCAAUAUUUGCUUAAGGCAGAUUUUUGUGUGUUUAGGUCAAGUUAUUCUCAAAUCUAAUCAUAGAUUGGUAAAAACAGUCCCUGAACUUGCAUUUUGCUGGAUCUUAAUUUGUUUUUAUAUGUACUGUUGAAUUGUUUGUAUUGAAUAUGAUGUUUAAUGUUAUGAUUGUUUUAUUGAAACGUUGUUUUUGUUAUGUCCAUAUUUUGUAUUUUGAUACAGGUCAAAUUAUGUUAUAUUUUCAUCUAAGAUGUGUGUAUUUUGUUUGGCCAUAUUUUGUAUUUUGAUACAAAUCAAAUUAUGUAAUAUUUUCAUCUGAAAUGUAUGAAUGUUUCAUUCACAUACGGUAUCUCCUUUUAUAACUUGUAUAUGUGUGGCUAAAAAGUACAUAAAGAUUGUUACAUACAGCAGGGAAGAUAUAAUUUGCCUAAUUUUGUAGAAACCUGUGAUGUUCCUUUUUAUGCUCCCGGUAGGGUGGCAUAUAGCAGUUGAACUCUCCGUCUGUCCGUCCAAAAACUUUAAAAUUGCCAUAACUUUUGCAAUAUUGAAGAUAAGAACUUGAUAUUUGGCAUGCAUGUGUAUCUCAUGAAGCUGCACAUUUUGAGCAGUGAAGGGUCAAGGUCAUCCUUCAAGGUCCAAAGUAAAAAAAUACCAUCGAAGGAAAGUAAAAGGCUUGAAAAGGGAGAUAAUUUUUAAACCUGCCAAAUGAUAUAUUGAAAUUUUAUUUCAAAGCGGCACAAUAGGGGGCAUUGUGUUUCUGACAAACACAUAUCUUGUUAUAAAUUUGUAUGUUUUUCAUAAUAACUGAAAUUGAUCAUUGUGUAUGUGCCUUGUUUCUGUUAACUUUUAAUAAUAAAAUUACUUUGUUGAUAAUAGAAAUAUUACUUUAGCCCGAAUCUUGAAAAAUGGGGCUUAAUGCAUGUGCAUAAAAUGCCAUCUCUGAUUUUGUCCGCAAAGGCUUAUCAGUGUGGACACUUUUCGCCUAGACUAGAUUUUCAUUUAGAAGAGACUUAUUUUUGAUGUAGAUUACUAUUUCAGCGGAAAGUGUGGUCCCUGAUUUUUGUAUGCCUACUGCGCAGGCUUGUCUGGGACGACACUUUGUGCACACGCAUAAAGCCCCAAUUUUUACAAAAUGAUGCUCACUUGUUUUUGAAGCUCUGAGAAAGAUAAAGCAUCUUAAUUGAUUCUAAUUUUUACAAUAAAUUCAGAGAAAAUAUUAUGUGAAAACAAUUUAAAGUUGUUUUGAACAACGAUGCAUUUUGUACAUUAUAAACACAUGUGUUUUAUUAUACCUGCUUUAAAACUGUUGUAUUCAUAGGUGCAAUAUUCCUUAUACUUGUAAAUAUUCAGUAAAUCUAUCCCUUUAGCAGUCUUCCAGUCGGACUUCGUUGAUUUGCAGGGUUGUUGCUCAAAGGAAUGAAACCUGUGUUUGCAAUACGUUUCAUCAAUAAUCUGGCAAAAACGUUUACUACCAAUAUAGGAUUUUAGUUACAAAUUUUAUGUUAAAGGUUGCAUGUUGUACCCUAAUUGUAACAAGUCAGCUUUUGAUUUUAGAGGUCCUGGGUUUAAUCCCCAUGGCAGGCACAUUUUUUUUCCUUGUUACUAUAGUUUGAAUCCAUCAUUUCAUUCCAGUACAUUCAGGUGCAUUUUCGAUACAUUUAUCAAUGUAAUAUCUUCGAGCAGCAAUAUAUUUUUACUCAGAAAACAUUAACUUGUGAACUUUUUAAACAAUUUGAUAAACUUUCUCCAGUAAUAUUCCAAAUAUUGUCUAAUUUUUUUACCUGUCAUGCGAAAAUAGGUAUUAUGCCAUAUGCGUUAAGCGUAUCUACCGGUCAGCCUGCGCAUCUGCACAGUCUGUUAUGGGGGUUAUCUUGUCAGCUAUUGAGACCUUACAUGACUCUAGUAGACAGCGUAGUUCCUGGCCAGAUGGUGCAGGCUGGUCUGAUUCUAUGCUAGCUGCAUAUGGCAUUAAGAUCCAUUUUCGCAUGAUGCAGCUCAUUUGUAUUUGCACAUGAUAUGCUGCUUCAAACUGCUGUGAACACAUCAUUCAUGUUAUAUGUUUUAUUUUGAAUCAUAUGGUGAUCUUUUUUAUUAAACAACCCACAACAUUUUAAAUUGUAAAGCGUCCUAAAUAUACGAUACUUUCAAACACUACCGGUAUAUCUACAUUUUUUAACACUUUGUUUUAAGCUAGAAAACAAUAUUAAAUGAUCUGACUUGACUUAAGAGUAAUGGCAUGUUUUUUGUAGAUCUUGUAUGUAUUUAUGUUAUUGCUUUUCAUACUCAAUAUACAGCUUUUUCUACGAG